AUGCAUGGGCGAGAGAGCAGCUGCAGCUGUGACGAGCCUGCGGAGCUGCAGCAGGUGGAAGGCGGAGCAGCAGCAGCAGCAGCAAAGAAGAAUGGUGGUGGUGGAUAUGGCAUGGACAGAGCCGACAUGGUGGGUGGAGGAGGCGGAGGGAGUGGAGGCGGGGGAGGAGAGACAGGAAGAGAUGGUGCGACUUCACUUGGUGGUGGUGGGGAGGCAGACGAUCAGAGGGUGUUGGCUCAGCCGCCACUCCAUAUUCUGCAGUCCGUGCGACCCGAACCCCUCAACGGCUACAUCGAGCAGGGCCAAGAGGGGUCGGCUGGCGGUAUGGCGCCUGUGAUCCACGGCAUGCUGCUGGCGCAUCCAACGGCUGAGACGCCUCAGGAGCUGGAGUGGGACGAUCUGAUUGGUCGGAUCGAGGCGGAGAUUGAGAAGCCCCAGGCGAGCUCGUGUGUGGAUGGCGAGUCAUCUUCAAUCGCGAGGCAGGACAGCCAGAUAGUGACCAGUAGCGAGGGAGCCGUCCCUCCCAAUGAUGCUGGCGCUCUCAAACGCGGCAGGCAAGGGCGCGGCGAAGCGGGUGGUGCAGAGGAAGCGACAAGCCAACAGGAGUCACCCUGUGACAAGAUUCUAGGCAUCUCAAGCCAACUCAGCCUCCCUUCUGGCUUCUCUGUGCUUCUGUCUCUCGCCGCGGCCUCCUCCGUGCCAAGCAAUGCAGAGGCAGGCAAGGGCAAGGCGAGGCGGGUGGUGCAGAGGAAGCGGCCGGCCAACAGCACGUCCAAGUUCCGAGGGGUGACGCAUCACUGCCGCACGGGGCGAUGGGAGGCGCACAUCUGGAAGCGGCCGGCCAACAGCACGUCCAAGUUCCGAGGGGUGACACACUACUGCCGCACCGGGCGGUGGGAGGCUCACGUCUGCAGUGAUGCAGAGACAAGAGCACGUUCAGAGGGGUGCCUCACCACUGCCGCACCGGGCGCUGGGAGGCCCACAUCUGCAGUACUGCAGAGGGAGCGGCCGGCCAACAGCACGUCCAAGUUCAGAGGGGUGACACACCACUGCCGCACUGGGCGCUGGGAGGCUCCUCACAUCUGGGAGGAGGGGCGGCAGGUGUAUCUGGGAGGAUUUGAUUCUGAAAAACAGGCAGCGCUGAUGUAUGACAUAGCAGCACUCAAGAUGAGAUUCGGUUCUGAGAAGCAGGCAGCACUGAUGUAUGACAUAGCUGCACUCAAGAUGAGGGGCGAGGACGCACAGACGAACCUACCGCCUGAGGAGUAUACCAAAUACACCAAGGAGAUAGGGAUUGACUCAUCUUCCUCUUCGUCCAUCCUUCCCCUAUCCCAUCACCCCUCUUACCGAACCCCACCAGAGGCCGUUCCCAAAGAGGAGCUGAUUCUGCUGCUGCGGCGGCACAGCAAGGGCUUUGCUCGAGGGACGUCCAAGUACCGAGGGGUGACCAAACACCAGAAGGGUCGGUGGGAGGCGAGGAUAGGGCAUGUGGAGGGCAAGCGAUACGACUACCUGGGGCUUUUUGACACACAAGAGCAGGCCGCUAUGGCGUAUGACAGGGCUGCUGUGAGGUUUGCUGGAGGUUUGAGGGAGGGCAAGCGAUAUGACUACCUGGGGUUGUUUGACACGCAGGAGCAAGCUGCUAUGGCGUAUGACAGGGCUGCUGUGAGGCAGAGGGGCCAGCAGGCAGUUACCAACUUUGAUCUGGCCAUGUAUGCAGAUGACAUUCGCGAGUUCAACCUCAUGGCGCAGCGCCUGCAGCAGCAGAGGGCGAUGCAAGCUCACUCCACCGUUCUGCACCACACUACCAGCGCUUUUGAGCCGAGGGUUUUCGACGCACCGCAACACACUACGAGCGCCUUUGAGCCGAGGAUCUUCGACGCGCCGCAACACGCAAGCAGUGGCAUUGAGCCGAGGAGCAGCGGGGUGGAGCAGCACAGGAGGAUGACUCCUUUCUCAGGCAGUAUCCCCAGAUUCCGCAGUUCCACCACCUCCCCUGGUCAGGUGUCUUGUCAGGUGACUGGUCAGGUGAUUUCAACAGAGCAAGCAGUGCUCUCGUAUCUGGUAGCACCGCGCCUUUGCUGUCCCACCGGUCUCUUUUGUCAGGUAGUGUCCUUCUGUCUCCCAGUAACCUUACUGCUGCCACCAACACGCCAGUACCUGCCGCUUCCAAUGCUUUUCACGGCAUCAGCAGCAGUGGAAGCGGAAGUUUCCUGGCAGCUGCUGAUGUCAGCUGCUCGUCCUGGUGGAAUGGGAAUGGACAGAAAGGGGAGUGAAGGAAUGGCUGGAGUUGACCUCUCAGGGUUCACAGGCCGUGGUGGCUUCGCUUCUGCUGGACUUUCAACGUUCACACCACCUGUUUCCAGCCUCACAGCACCUGCAGGGCUGAUAGCACCUGGUGGUAUGGCAGGAGAAGUUGGAGGGAUGGCAGUAGGUGCUCUGCGUGGGCUGUCAUGUCCCUCACAGUCUGCGUCCCCUGAUGCACCUGCUGCUGUGGCGUUGGCACAUGGGGAGGGCAAGGACUGGUGGAUGGGGCAUAACAACAGCAACGGCAGAUCUGCAGCUUCCCCUUUAGGUUCAUCUCCGUUAGUAGCAUCUCCUUUACAAGGAUCUCCGCUAGGAUCCCCGACUACUGCAGUGCAGGCUGAUGUUUCUGCUUCCGAUGCUGCGGCUUCUGCUGUGGCUGAGUCACAGAGCCAAGCUGUGAAUGACUGUGAGGGCAAUGGGAAGCACCAUGCUGAUUCCCAUGCUGCAGACGGGCGUGCUACAAACGGAUGUGCUACAAACGGAUUUGCGACAAACGGGUGUACCCAUACAGGCAACAGCAAAGGGCAGCAGCAGAGGGUGGACUCACUAGACUCAGCAGAAGUGAAGCACAUUUACGGAGCCAUCACCCCUCUCUUUCAGGGAAACACCGCCGCCCCAUACAGUCACCCGAAUGCCCUCUCGCGCGGCCUUUCUCUCUGCGAUAAGCAGUCGGCGUCAGCUGUUCACCACGCCCUGCUGGACCUCUUUGAUCUGAACAACGACUUAUCGAGGCGAGACCAUGGCUUAUCACGGCCCGAGCACCAAUUAUCGCAGCCGCAGCAGGAGCUAGCAAGGGCAGGGAAGAACCUUUCACAGCCAGAGGAGGGUGCCAGUGGUAUCAUGGAGAAUUGUCAACAAACCGCUCCUCCCCAUUCUCCCCCUCUCAUUCCUCCCUUCCCUCCUACUUCUCCAUCAUCGCGACUUGAGCGAUCCAGUACAGUGAGCCUGGAGCUGCUGCUGCAGGAGAAGGUGUGA